GCUAUCUCUUCUUUCUACUAAUAACAAGAACAUAAACAUGGGUCUUCUCGAUAUCGUUCCCGCUGGAGUUGUCACUGGUGACAACCUUCGCAAGCUUUUCGCCUAUGCUAAGGCCAACAAGUUCGCCAUUCCCGCUAUCAACUGUACUUCCACCAGCACCGUCAAUGCUGCUCUCGAAGCUGCUCGUGAUAUUGGUUCUCCCAUCAUCAUCCAAUUCUCCAACGGUGGUGCUGCCUACUUUGCUGGUAAGGGUUUGAGCAACGAAGGUCAAAAGGCCUCUAUCCUCGGUGCAGUCGCUGGUGCUCAUUACGUUCGCUCUGUCGCCGCCGCCUAUGGCAUUCCCGUCAUCACUCACUCUGACCACUGCGCCAAGAAGCUCCUUCCCUGGUUCGAUGGUAUGGUUGAGGCUGAUGAGGCUUACUUCAAGGCUCACGGUGAACCCCUCUUCUCUUCCCACAUGUUGGAUCUCUCUGAGGACCCCAAGGAGGAGAACAUUGAGAUCUGUCUCCAAUACUUGAAGCGUCUUGCACCCAUCGGCUGUCUUCUCGAGAUGGAGAUCGGUAUCACUGGUGGAGAGGAGGAUGGUGUUAACAACGAGAACGUUGACAAUGCUUCCUUGUAUACCCAGCCUGAGGAUAUCUGGGAUAUCUACAAGGCUUUCUCUGAGAUCACUGAUCUUUUCUCCAUUGCUGCUGCUUUCGGUAACGUUCACGGUGUCUAUGCUCCUGGUAACGUCCGCUUGCACCCUGAGCUUCUCGGCAAGCACCAAGCUUAUGUCAAGGAGCAACUCAAGUCUGAAGAUGACAAGCCCGUCUUCUUCGUCUUCCACGGUGGUUCCGGCUCCACUCAGCAAGAUAUCAACACUGCUGUCUCCCACGGUGUUGUUAAGAUGAACGUUGACACUGACACCCAAUGGGCCUACCUUUGCGGUUUCAGAGAUUACUUCAACGCCAAGAAGGAGUACCUCGCCACUCAGGUCGGUAACCCCGAAGGUGCCAGCAAGCCCAACAAGAAGUACUACGAUCCCCGUGUCUUCGUCCGUGAGGGUGAGAAGACCAUGAUCAAGCGUAUCCAAGAAGCUUGCGAGCAUCUCGGUAACGUCAAGCGUAACUAGAUUCUUAUAAGUGUGUGUGCGUGAUGCUGCUUUACGGCAUGUAUGAUCGCAGUCCAUUAUUGUAAAAAGAAAAAUUAUAUUGUGUCUCUCCUCCCCCCAUCCAUCUCAAAAGUGUAGCAAUAACGAACGUAUGAUGCACUCAUCAAACAUAAUGGAAUAAAUUACAAAAACCAUACUUCCUUCUUGCUGCUUCUUCGCUUUUCCUUGGCAUCUUCUACCUUCUAUCAUUGAAGCAUGACUGGUGAUCAUAUUUCAUACAAAAUAAGCCUGAACAAAGGAUGAUAUGAGGUCAUCUUCCUCAGAGAAAGAAGCGUAGUUGGCCUGUGUGCGUGCGG